CUGGCCUUCAUUUGGGUGAAAUGAAGCAAGUAUGGCAUCUCCAUCCAUCUUUGUUUCUCAAUUUGAUGCAUGUUUGCCUGGCUCAGGCAAAUUACGCUCCUUACUUCUUUGACAAUGGAGCCAGCAGCACCAAUGGGAACAUGGCACUCCUCAGCCUUUCAGAAGACACCACUGUGGGUACACACAUAUACACCCUAAAUGGAUCUGAUCCGGAAGGGGAUCCAGUAACAUACGGCAUGACUUUUGAACCUGGUUCAAGAAACUACUUUGCCCUUGAUGAAAAUUAUGGAAAUGUCACACUCAUUGAAGAGCUUGACCGAGAGAGAGAAGAUGAAAUUGAAGUUAUUGUCAGCAUUUCAGAUGGCUUAAGUACAGUGGCUGAAAAGGUCCGGAUCCUUGUAACAGAUGCUAAUGAUGAGAGCCCAGAAUUUAUCAAUACACCAUACAUAGUCCAUGUCCCAGAGAACACCCCUUCAGGGAGCAGCAUAUUCAAGAUUGAAGCAGUGGACAGAGACACAGGUUCAGGGGGUAGCAUUACUUACUUCCUACAGAAUAUCCAUACAAAUAAGUUUACUAUAGAUCGUCACAGUGGUGUCCUUCGUAUCAAAACAGGGAUCACACUUGACUACGAAAAAUCAAGAACUUAUUUUGUUACUGUAGUGGCAAAGGAUGGUGGUGGUAAGCUCCGUGGCCACAACAAGGUGUUUUCAGCCACAACUGCAGUCACUAUCAAUGUGGAAGAUGUGCAGGAUACACCUCCAAUGUUCAUUGGCACUCCCUAUUAUGGAUAUGUCUAUGAAGACACUCUGGCAGGUUCUGAGGUAAUAACAGUUGUUGCUAUUGAUGGAGAUCGAGGAAAGCCUAAUGACAUUCAUUACAGUAUUAUCAACGGAAGUGAAAGAUCAUUUGAAAUAAAUAACACAACUGGAGCCAUUUCUGUUAAUAAAACCCCAAAUCAGCUGAAAAAAGAAGUAUAUGAACUGAAAAUUCAGGCCUCAGAAGUCAGCCUUGACAGUGAAGAGCCUGCGUAUGCCUUUGCCACAGUAACCAUUAGAGUUGUUGACCUCAACAAUCACCCUCCGACAUUCUAUGGAGAAAAUGGGCUACAGAACAGAUUUGAACUCACAAUGUAUGAGCAUCCUCCAGAGGGUGAGAUCCUGAGAGGCCUCAAAAUUACAGUUAAUGACUCUGAUCAGGGAGCAAAUGCUAAAUUCAAUCUCCGUCUUGUUGGUCCUGGUGGUAUUUUCCGUGUUGUCCCACAGACGGUUCUUAAUGAAGCACAGGUUACAGUAAUAGUGGAAAACUCUGGUGCUAUCGAUUAUGAAAAGUUUCAGGUUUUCACCUUCAAGCUUCUUGCAAUAGAAGUCAACACACCUGAGAAGUUUAGUUCAACAGCUGAUAUUGUGAUCCGUCUAUUGGAUACCAAUGAUAAUGUCCCCAAAUUUUCCUCUGAUUACUACAUCGCUAGGAUUCCAGAGAAUUCUCCUGGUGGAUCCAAUGUAGUGGCUGUAACAGCUACAGACCCAGAUUCAGGACUGUGGGGUGAAACAAAAUACUCCAUUUAUGGCACGGGAGCAGAUCUAUUUCUCAUUCAUCCAUCCACUGGGAUUAUCUACACUCAGCCAUGGGCUACAUUAGAUGCAGAAAUAAUCUCCAAAUACAACUUCUAUGUGAAGGCAGAAGAUAAUGAAGGGAAAUACAGUUUAGCUGAAGUCUUUAUUACUGUACUGGAUGUUAAUGACCAUUCCCCAGAGUUCAAUGAGAACAUUCAGGAAAAAACUAUGAUUAUUGGAUCUCCAGUGAAAGUGGAGGCAAUAGACCAAGAUGCAGAAGAACCCAAUAACAUAGUUGACUAUUCGAUUAUGCAAGCAGAUCCAGCUAAUGUAUUUGAUAUAGAUCAAAGCACUGGGGAAAUAAAGCUGAAAUCGUACAUAAGGUCCUUGGACAUCAUUCACAACAUCACCAAUAACAAAGAUUGCAUAUGGUCGGUGGUAGUCCAAGCCAAAGAUCGUGGCUCUCCUUCAUUUAGUACCACAGCGGUCCUGAAAAUUGAUAUCACAGAAGAGACUCUUCACAAAGGGCCUAUGGCCGCCUUUUUGAUGCAAACAAAAGAUAACCCCAUGAAAGCCUUAGGAGUGCUAGCUGGUGUCAUGGGGGUGAUGGUGGUGAUCACCAUCUUGAUCUCUACUGCCAUGUUCUGGCGCAAUAAAAGAUCCAACAAAAUCAUGCCAGUGCGACGGAUCAUUAAAAAAAGACAGAACUAUCAACCUAGGACAAUAAGGAUGGAGUGGCUGAAAUUCAAGCGAUCCAGCAGUGCUGCGGAGAAGUUUGCUGUUCAGGAGGAUACCAAGAGCCUGCAGAAUGAGAACAGCAAUAACAACUUCCAGGUGCCACCGCCUCCACCACCACCUGCUGCGCCAGCCCUGCCUCCAGCCCCAGCUUUCAAGACUAGUGCCCCUGAAUGGAGAGUGCCCACAGUAUCAGGACUGUUGAGUCCCAAGGUUGUAAGCAAGCCGACAAAGAAAAGAGGCACCAUUUGCAUGUCACACAAUGCUCUUGUGUCAGAGCUCAAGCAGAGGUUUGAAAUGAGAAAUGCAGUUGUUGGUCAGCCGCAGGUUUAA